UUUAUGAUAGGAACUUUAAAUCGAUUUUAUUGGCGAACCCAUCGUCUAUAAUAUAACUUUCCUUCAAUAACUUAAAAACUACAAAAUUGCCUCUAUUGUCAAUGUUUUGAUCAAAGAAUGUCGUUAUCACAUACUAAUCUUAAAAAUUUUGUAGGGAAAUCGAAAACCCUGAAAUUUGCUACAAAAGCUUGUAACACCCAGUAAGAAACAUCGGAGACCUUAUAAAGUAUUAUAUAUACAUAAAUGAUUUGAUAAACGAGCUGAGCCGAUUUAGCCAGGACCGUCUGUCUGUAUAUACGCGCACUUGUCCUUCAGUUUUUGAGAUAUCGAUCGGCCUUUAGUACACGUCCAUUUCUCGCAAAGAAGCUGCUAAUUUGUCUGAACCGCCUAUAUCAGAUCACUAUAGCAUAUAGUUGUUAUACAAACUGAUCCAUCCAACCCAAGCCUUUAUAUGGAAAACUUCUUUAUUUGAUGAGAUAUCGUUACCAAAUUUGGCAAGGAUUCUUGUAUAUGCUAUAAUCUCGGAAUAAAUUGUUUGGACCACCUGCCUUACAAACUGCCCGAUCAAAAUCAAGUCUUUGUAUACAAGUAGAAAACUUUUUUAUUUGACGAGUAAGCUUCACAAAAUUUUGUAUGAGACUACCUCCGAAUGAAUUGUUUAGAUCAUGUCAUUAUAGCAUAUAGUUGCCUUACCAACUGACCGAUCAAAAUCAAGUUGAAGUUCUUGUAUGAAAUCUUUUGUUCUUUCUUUUGUAUUAAGAUAUUUUUUAAAUUUAAGUUGUUGCAUGGUGUAUUUGUUGUUCUAAGGUUUUGUUUGCACAUUUUACCAAAUAAUUUGCCUAUCUACGAUUCACACUUCAAAUGCCACUUCAGAUGCCAAUUUAUUUUGUCUAGUUUUGUGAUUUUUUCUUUUCAAAACAAAAAUUUAACACAAAACAAAUAUUUCAACAAUUUUCCUCAGUAAAUUUUUAAAUAAUUCAACACAAAUAUAUAUUUUUGUACUAGCUGAAUUUUAAUUUGACGUCGACGUUGAAAACAAUCAGACAAAAAAUACAGUAAUAACAACAAUAAUAAUAACUUGAAGCAUACAACAAUCAAGAAUAACACAAAACAUACAAAGAGAGGCAUAGAAAAGUUGUCAGCCAUUUGACAGGCUGGAACCGAUCGAGAUUUGUGUUGACUAAACACACACAUUAGCAGCGAUCGGCCACAAAGCCAAACGAAUAAUGAAUAAUAUGGCCGACGAAGAUAAUAAUAAUAAUAAUAGCGAUAGCAAUAAUAAAAAAGUCAAUAGUAAUGUAAAUUAUAAUAAUAGUCCUAACUGUAACAGGAGUCGCGCUAAUGCCAACUGCGAUGCGAAAAAAUUAGCGAAGAAUUUAACCAACAAACCCAGUAGCAGCGCUGUCGCUGGUGAAGCAAGCAAAAGCGAACGCUGCGUGCUGUGCCUCGAUGAGAAGCGCUCGCCAGUACGCAUCACGUGCGGUCACUCGUUCUGCAAUGAAUGUCUGGAGGUCUACUUAUCGUACCAGAAGUACGCUUGGGCCAAUCGCUGUCCGAUAUGCCGUGGUUCGUUGAAGGAGAAACGACGUUCAGUGAAGCGAAAACAUUCCGAAACGGACCAUACGACAGCCUCAGCUACAAUGUCCAUCAAUGCAGGUAGUAGCAGCACCAGCCAGUAUACGCCCACACGCAGGCGUCUGAAUGCCACGUCGGCUACAGUCGCCGCUGCAACAGCUGCUGUUGCUACAGCCACGGCUACUGCGUUAUCGGAGUCCACCGUUGAAGCAUCGGCCGAGCAAAUAUACUUGUUGGAGGAGUUUAUGGCAAUCGCCGCCGAAACGGAUGUUUUCGGUAUUGCUAAUAGCAUGAGCUUCGGCAAUCUGGCGAGCGCAACCACGCCCACCAAUUCAGCAUCGACUGUGAGUGCCAGUGAAGCAGCCGGCGAAGAUGAUGAAGGUGAUUUACAAACUGUAGAGUUCGAAGAGGAAAUGGAACGGGGUUUCCGUUAUAGCCAAGACGACUUUGCAUCGGAUAUUGGCGAUGAGGAGGGCUUGGAGGAGGAGGACGAUGGUGAUGAAGAGGUCUUUGGCGAGGAUAUUGAUGUGGAACAAGAUGAAGAGUUCGAGGAUGAAGAAGACGAUAGCGAUAAUGAUAUCGAUGCCGGAGAUCACGAUGAAGCAAAUGAUCUAUACUUUUUCGAUGAGUACGAUGAUGAAAAUUAUAAUGAUCAUGAAAACGAUGGCUACGAUACAGUAGAUGAAGAUGAUGGCGACAACGUUGCUGGUAGCGAUGCUUACGAUCAGCUCGCAGAUAACAAUCUACCGACGGCCGAGUAUUAUGACGUAGAUCAGGAUGGAGAAGAUGAUGUGCUGCUAGUCGAUGAAGUAAUUAUUGUAGACUGAGCGCUGUACGUAGAUCGGACGCAGCGACGAAUAGUGUGACUAAGACAACUAUGAUGAAAAACAUUUAACGUACUAAAGAAAGGACAAUUCGGGGACGCUUUUGGUUUUGCUUUUGACUGAAAGUGCGCUAAACGCGGGCGCAUAUAACGAACUGACGCUUCGAACUGUAGACUUAUUGUUUUACAACUGUGAUUUUUUGGGUGCUAAUAUGGCUUUGUUUUUUAUUUCAUCAUAUGUCCUGCUGGUGUUUUUAUAGUUUUUGAUGUUUUUUUAUAAAGAAAAAAAUAUAAGAGACAUUUUUCAAAUGAGGAAGCAAAAUAAAUUUGUUGCCAUUUAUUUCAAUUUGUUGAAAUAUUUUAGGUAUUGUCAAUAUUUCUCUUUUAUUACUCUUUUUAGUAUGAAAAAUGCAAUUUAUUCAUGAAUUAUCUAGUCAGU